AGAAUGCGUUCCUCUGCUGACCCAGACCUCUUGUUUGUGUCUCAGUGGAUGAAAACAUUGAUGUGACGAGCAACGAGCCGGAGAGAGCGUCAUCAGAGUACCACAUGGCUCUGUACCCCUCCAGCUCAGAAAACGUCUACGAGACCUCAGCCAGGCUGCUCUUCAUGUCCGUCAAGUGGGCCAAAAACCUGCCGGUCUUCUCCAACCUGCCCUUCAGAGACCAGGUGAUCCUGUUGGAGGAGGCGUGGAGCGAGCUCUUCCUGCUCUGUGCCAUCCAGUGGUCGCUGCCGCUGGACAGCUGCCCGCUGCUGUCCCUGCCCGACCUCUGCCCCGGCAUGCAGGGCAAGACCAGCUACACCGGUCUGGACCUGCGGCUCCUGCAGGAGGCCUUCAGCCGCUUCAAGGCCCUCGCCGUGGAUCCCACAGAGUUUGCCUGUCUCAAGGCCAUUGUGCUUUUUAAACCAGAGACUCGAGGUUUGAAGGAUCCAGAACAAGUGGAGAACCUCCAGGAUCAGUCUCAAGUCAUGCUGGGACAACACAUCCGCUCCCACUACCCCAGCCAACCAGCCCGGUUUGGAAAGCUGCUGCUUCUUCUCCCCUCGCUGCGCUUUGUGAACUCGGAGCGGAUCGAGUUGCUGUUCUUCCACAGGACCAUUGGAAACACUCCCAUGGAGAAGCUGCUGUGCGACAUGUUCAAGAACUGAAUUCUGUGUGCAGGUCUCAGUGGGACUCAGAGCGAUAACAUGUGACGGAUGUUUGCUUCCUUCUCUGCAUUCAUGUCAGAGAGCUGCAUCAUGGGAUUUUUGUAAAAACCCUUUGAUUGUUUUCUUGCUGCUUCCUCGUCUGCUGUUGCUGAACCAUAAAAACCGUCCAGUUCCUGUUGAAAUGUUUGCUGUCUGUUUCAAUUGUAUUUAUUUCUCUGCUGACGUCCUUUCAGCCUGUAGUAUUUUGUCUUUGCUGUUUCAUUAUCGGUGUUCCAGUGCUGAUGUCGGUUGGUAGAUGGAUUGUGUUCUACUUCUGUCAAUAAAGUGACUUAAGUUUUGCCUUUUUAAAGUAAAACGUGUUGAAACAGAUUUUUGACGACUCAUUUUUCUACCUUACAGAACUGCACCAACUUCUACUUUUUUAUAAGUUACUUUCCUUGACUGUAUGUGAGACCUGUCAAUCAAACAUUUUGAGCGUUGGAUGUGGGGGC